AGCCGACUACUCCCUCGAACUCCGCCCCCGGGAUACUCCAGGAUGCGCGGCCAGCCCGCAUGCCCUGGUCCUCUUGCGGCGGAGCCUGGGAAGCGCACGCCCUCGGACAUCCCCUCCUCCCUCGUGGGAAGCCGGGUGGAGUUCCUUACCUAGCUCUGGCACCUGCCCGGUCCGCUGGGCGUGAGCCUUUUCCUAAAGGUCCCUUCCCACCUCUUAAGCAGCAAGCUGGGGGCGGGGCCGGGGAAGCGUUUCCAUUAUCCCAUUUUACAGUUUAAGGCUGAGACCUCAGGUUUUUCUUUUUUUAAGUGGUCACAUAGGCACUGAGUCCGGGACCAACUUCUUCCCACUCUCACCCUUGGCUCCCUUCGUGUCCCUUCCCACCACCCCGGGACGCCUCUGAACUCUGCCAGCAGCGGCAUCUGUUUGCUGGAGGAGUCUCCCCCGAUAGAAUUGUACGAUCCUUGGGGGCAGGUACCAGAUUUUCAUUUAUGACCUAGUACCGAUGGCGCCCGACGGAAACUAGCUCUUAGUCGGCGCUUAAGAUGUUAAGUGAUACAAGCCUCAUUUGCAACCCCGACUGGGAAUAGGAUUUCAUAAUUCUUUAGUAUUUCAUGACAAUAUAAUGGAUGGCGAAGGGAAGGGGGGGGGUGUGUGUGCAUGUGUGUGCACACCACAGAGGAAGACUACUUUAAAUCUCUUGUGUUAUAAAGAGUGAAGGGGAGAUGUGAAAAAAGUAAAGUCCAAAAAGUGUUUAUAAAGCGUUUCCCUGCUAGCCUUGCAAGCCGUAUUAGAUGCUAUUACGUCUAAACGUGUGGAAUUCGUGGGUGUGGCCAGCGGGGGGCGUGGCCUUCUGUGUCGGAGCUUAGUAACUAACUGCCCUACUUUGGGGAGGCGGGCUUGGAACUCGGAGGUGAAGUUUUUCUGGGGGACAGUUAGUUGUUUAGAGUCUGAGAGCUCAGAAAGGCGAGAAUUGCCUGAGAAGUGAGCAGCAGGGAAGACAGUGUGGGGACUAAGCAAGGUGUCCAAGUCUGAGAAUCAGAAACCUGAAUUCAGGUUUGUUUCUGCUCGUCUGCUUGUAUGAUCCUGGAAAGCUCCCUUUUUCCUCUUUAUCUCGGUCACCUCCUCUGUAACACGAAUCGCUCGGACUGCCUAGCCUGGUCUAUUCCAGCUCUAAGUCUGGGAUUCUCAAAGUUUGGAAAGGUACAACAUUAUGGCCCUAGAGAAGUUAUGUGCGGAAGAUGUAGAGCACCCAACCUUGACUCGGAUUUUGGGAACGAGCACUGUUUUCCGGGGACUUGAUCAGCCGAAAGUGUCAGUCAAGGGCCUUCUCUUGCCAAAUAAAAUCAAAGAGCACUUUCAACAUGGGCAGGAUGCCAUAGCCACAGGGGAAUGGGAAAAGGCUGUAAUCUCUUUCUCCAAAUCGAUCAACCUUAAUCCCCACCUGGUGGAAUCCUAUGUGUUUCGGGCUGAAGCCUUUCUCCAGCUAUGUGACUUCGCUUCAGCUGCCCAGAAUCUUCGAAAGGCUACCUUGUUAGCCCCACACCAACAGGAGUUUAUGGAGCGAUUGUGCUUUGUCCUGUAUCUGCAGGGCCAAUGUCUCUUUGAACAUCAUUCGUACAUUAAAGCCUUAGACCUGUUCACCCAGGCUUCGGAGCUGCAGCCUCAUAACCCCUCCUACCGCUUCCGCAGCAUUGCUUGCCUUUUGGCUAUGAAACAACAUCAGGAAUGCCUCCAGAUGAUCACAAAAGAGUUGAAGCAGAAUCCCAGUCCUGAUGGCUUCAUCUUCCGAGCUCGACUCUAUAACUACUUCCUAAAGCCGAAUCAGUGUUACCAGGAUCUGCAUCGAGCUCUCACCUUGCAGCCUGAACACCCCGAGGCCAACACAUUGCUGGAAAAAUUGUUGGUUCAGGCCAGGAAGGUUCAGGAGGAAGCAAUGAUUGCUGCCUUGAAGGGGAACUUGGAGGAUUCUUUAAUCCGAAUCAACUGUGCCAUUGAGAACAACCCAAUGGACCCUGGCUACUACUUAUUCAGGGGUACUCUGUUUCGGAGGCUCAAGGACUUUGAUGCAGCCAUUGACGACUUUGUCAAGGCCCUGGAGUUAAGCCCAGAGAGUGAUGAGGAUAAUGAGGUUGCCAGGCAGGCCCAGCGCCAGCUGCUGCUUACGUACAACGACUUUGGGGUCUUCUGCUAUACCAAGUGCGCCUACGAAGAAGGCGUGUUGCUCCUCAACAAGGCCCUACGGGGCGAAAAAAAAGAGAAGGGGAUCUAUAUCAACAGAGGGGAUUGUUUCUUCAAGCUUGGAGAACUGACCUUUGCUGAAGCCGAUUACCUGGAGGCAUUGGCACUGUGUCCUGGGGACCAGGGUGCUCGAUACCGCAUGGGAAUGGUUCAGGAGAAACUGGGGCUUCGCAAGCAACAGCUGAGACAAUAUCACAAGGCCGAAAAACACUUCACUUCAGCCAUUGAAUACAACCCAGAGAGGGCAAAUUUAUACCUCCUCCGAGCGAGGAGCCGUCUGAUGCUGCAGGAUAUCUUUGGGGCUCGCCAGGAUGUUGUCACCAUGCUGCUCCUCAACCCCAAACACCCUCAGCUGGUUCCUAUGAUGGCAAACCUCUUCCCUGGGCAGUCUACAGAGUCUGUGCUGAACAGCAAGACAAUGGUGAUGGCCAAAACUGUCCUGGAGCGGGCGAUGCAGAACCAGUUCCAGAGUACCCGGGAUGUCCUGGGACUCCUGACCAAGAGUUCUUCCAGGGAGGAUGCUACGGGGCCAUGUCCUAAGACGGAAGAAGCGGACCUCCAGGAGGAUGUUUCUAGGAUUUCCACAGCAGAGACCCAGGCAGAGGAUGAGCAUUUGAUGGAGGACAGCCUAAAGCAAGCAGUAAGUCAAGAAGUAAGUCAAGAAGUGAAUCAAGAAGUGAGUCAAGAAGUGAGCCAAGAAGUGAGCCAAGAAGAGAGCCAAGAAGAGAGCCAAGAAGGGAUCCAAGAAGGGAUCCAAGAAGGGAUCCAAGAAGUGAGCCAAGAAGUGAGUCAAGAAGUGAGUCAAGAAGUGAGCCAAGAAGUGAGUCAAGAGGAGGAAGCUGGAAGCUCCCCAAUGGACCAAGCUUCUCUAGGGCAGACAUCUUCCUUGGAGGCCAAGAUUGCCGACCCAGACCAAAGUGAAAGCAAAACCACAGUGGUCUUUUCCUGAACAAGUGGGUGAUAGCCUUGGCUUCUUUCUUCCUCAACCCUAAUGGGGGGGGGGGGGGGCUCCGUCCAUAUUCACCUUUGCAUUUUGGAAGGAAAGGGGCAGGUCUGUGAGAUAGACCUCUUGAUGCUGAAUGAAAUCCCUCAGCUCCUUUUGCCCUGGGCCUCCACCUGCCCUGGGCCUUCGCCAUCUCCAUACCCCAUCAGUCCUUGGCCCUUAACCUCCUUUCUUGAUAGAUCCAAGGUUUCUUUAGAACAAAAAUGCCUACACAUGCUUUCCUUGGUCCCUUAAAUAAAUUUAUUUUGUAUCUUCCCCUCUU